GCUAAUGGUUUUUCUCCUGUAAAGUGUGGCUAUCAGAGGUUCGAAACCUGCAGCUCAACGCCGACGAAGCACUGAACAGAAAAAAAAAACAAAAAAAAACACUAAUUUAGCUUAUUGAACCAGGGUGUGACACUGCAGAACACUUUUUGUUUUUGCUUGCAUUUCCCGCUCUUACACUAAUUUGCAAGCAAGCAAGCAAUAGGCACCGCGAAGGGCAGGGGAUUUUAAAACUUUCACAAAACCUGCUUGGUCCCUGGCCCAAUCCACCACAGCAACGACCUGCGCUCUAAGCUCUUUUGAUAUUUCUGGAAACCAUCUGACUUCGAUCGUUAUUGUGAAGGGGGUCAUUAUUUUAUUCCCCACCUCCCCACCAGCAAUGGGAUAGAGUAUCGCCUCUGGCGAUGAACCUCCCCACUUUCCAUUUCUAAAUAAUGUUGUUGUUUUAAAACUUUUAUACAUGGUAACCUGUUUCCUUUUAGGCAUUGUUUCGGAGUGGAGUACGAGCACAUGCCCAUAAGGCAGUCGCAGCACUCGGGAAUAGUGGAAAGCCCCGGAUCCAGCACUGGCUUGCCCUCUUAUCACACGACAGCGAAAUGCUCAGAUUGAGGAUCUUGAAGAAACUAUUCGGCUUCCCCUCCUCGUAAACUUCUUCAACGAGGACGAGGACUACAUGCUCCACACAGUUGAUGAAGGCUACAGCAUCACAGACAGCCUUGAACAGCUCCCCUUCACUCCUGUGGUUGUUAUGCUAGGUGGUGACAUUUUCAGUCGCAACAUUUUUUUCGUUGUCGUGGAACGGGUAAUACUGUUCGAAGCUGUUCGCACCUUCCUUGAUGCUGCAAUGCUGAUGUUUGCUGCGUACUUCAUUCUAAACAUGGAAUAUCCACGAUGUUUAGGGGCUUCUCUGGAAUUCAUUGAAAGGCACAUCAUGAACAUGCCAGAGGAGCGGAGCACCAAACAAGUGAGGAAGUCUCAAUCAAGAAAAGCACUGAAGCUAAUUGAGCUGUUACGUCUAGAGAAAUAA